UAUAUCGCCACGUGGCAUUUUUCUCUAGAGGCGCUUGCUUCCUAAACUCUCUCUCUCUGUUUUCAUCUCUGUUCUUCAGCUUCUCUUCUCUGCAAUGGCUACUUCGAGUGGUUUCCAUAUCUCUUCCUCUCCUUUUCUCAGGCUUCGCUCUUCCUCCGUCGCAUACGCCGCUCAACCUCCGUUUCUCUCCCCUUGUAACGGUCGUUCACUAGCAGAAAGCUUCGGUCUCGCAACUGUAACUGUUUCGCGCCAAAACCUCUCGGUUUCUCCGCCGUCUGCGGUGGUGGAAGCUCGCAUUUCGGGGACAAGAGAGCCGAUGACGCCUCCCUAUAACGUCUUGAUCACUGGCUCGACCAAAGGUAUAGGACAUGCGUUAGCUAGAGAGUUUCUGAAAGCAGGAGACAACGUUGUCAUAUGUUCCAGAUCAGCUGAACGAGUUGAGUCUGUUGUUAAGAGUCUUAAGGAAGAAUAUGGGGAGCAUGUGUGGGGAACUAAGUGUGAUGUUAGAGAAGGGAAGGAUGUGAAGGAUCUUGUAUCUUAUUGUCAGAAGAAUCUUAAAUACAUUGAUAUUUGGAUUAAUAAUGCUGGAUCUAAUGCAUACAGCUUUAAACCUUUGUCUGAGGCCUCUGAUGAGGAUCUUAUUGAAGUUGUGAAAACAAACACUCUUGGGCUGAUGUUAUGUUGCCGAGAGGCAAUGAAUAUGAUGCUGACCCAAUCUCGGGGUGGUCAUAUCUUCAAUAUUGAUGGAGCUGGCUCAGAUGGGAGACCAACACCCAGGUUUGCUGCAUAUGGUGCAACAAAACGGAGUGUUGUUCACCUGACAAAGUCAUUACAAGUAAUAAUGCCAAUGUUGUAUAUCUGUUUUAACUGUCUUUAUUUGACUUGUUUCUUUUCUUUUUUUUUCAAUAGGCAGAGUUGCAGAUGCAAGAUGUCAAAAAUGUUGUGGUACACAAUCUAUCGCCUGGAAUGGUCACAACUGAUCUACUCAUGUCUGGAGCUACAACUAAACAAGUUGGAUGACUUCAUUACACUAAAACAAACAAAAAAUUCUAGAUUCCUUUUCCAAGAGAUUCCUCUAAUACAUUUCUCUAUUGCGCAGGCCAAAUUCUUCAUCAAUGUUUUGGCUGAGCCAGCUGAAGUGGUUGCUGAGUAUCUUGUCCCGAACAUUAGAGCAAUACCAGCUAGUGGAUCUAUGAAGCCGACUUACAUCCGUUUCCUAACCGGAAUCAAAGCCUAUACCAAAAUAUUCUCAAGAGUUGCAUUGGGAGCAAGGAAGAAUAGAUACGUGACUGAAGAGUAGAUAUCGCAGUAGAUCAUCUCUAUAUUUCUUUGUUGACACUGAUCAUGUAUCAUCAACACUAAUUAACAAAAUGUAAAUAAAUACCUCUACAUUUUGUUAUUCACCCAAGUCAACCAAGUUUUUUAAUAAUAAAAAUAAAAAAUCA